CUGGAUUCGAAAGCACAGCACCAAAAAACUCAGUCUUUCUGAUUUCCGGUGAAACAUGUCCUCUCAUCGCGACGCAGGUGGGUCUUCAUCGCACGCUGGUGACUCCAUUCACCCAGUUCAACGCGUUUUGGCUCAUCUACAGGCAGACUAUGUCAGAUCAGCAUUGUACUUCACCCGAAUUGGUACAAUGUUUUGUUGUUUGGCCUUCCUGUUCAGUCCGUUUUUCUCGCGUGGUCCGCCGGCUGAUCUAGAUGUAUGGUAUCGUCGUGCAUUGUUGGUUAGCGCUGCGGCCUGGGCUCUUCGUCUCCAUCAGCGGCUGAAGUCCGGUAAUGAUAGUGGUGUGUCGCGGCCGCUUCGAGAAACCUUGCUCACCGAGGAUGCCUUCCACUACCUCGCUUAUUCAAUACUAUUUGCGUUUCUUACUCCUGUCUCGGGUGAUGGACCGAAUGUCAGUGUGAGCUCAUCCCAGCCAUCCUUCUUUCGACGCAUAUUGCAGUCCGCCGUGACUAAGGUGAACACCAAUAACGAACCGAUUCUCCGUUGGAUCGCCCUGAAUGAAAUAAUGCUGAUGUUUGUGUGCAUUUUCAUGGCCGUAUCCGGUCCACGAGCAAUCGUUCUACCAUUCCUCUACUAUCCAUUUUUGAAAAUGCGUUACAGUUCACGAAGGAAUCCCUACUGUCGGAUUGCAUUUUCCGAGUUACGCGUCAGUUUACAAGCACUAGCUUACCAUCCCAAGUGUCCGGGUUUUCUCUCGCGUCUGAUCAAUGGACUAAUUCAGCUGGUUUGCCGCCUUUCUCCAUCAGGCCAUUAAUCUGAUAUCAUCUUCAUGUGUUGAGUGAUCAAGGCGCUGAACAGGCUGUUUUCAAAUCCCACGUGUGAUCCAAAGCAAUCAUCCCAUAUGUGCAGUGUCACUCUCUCUGUUUUAAGCCCACUCCCCACUAGCAACCUCACACAUUUCAACUCCACCUCUUUUCAACCUAAAUUGGACCAUUCAGUUUCAUCUCUCAGCACCCCCUUAGCAUCUUGUUGUCUCUCUUGUUACAGGUUCUCUAAUCCGCUCAUAUGCUUGUGAUUUGUUUCCGUUUUUCAUCUUCAUGCACAUUACCGCUCUGCUAUUAUAUGCUCCAUGUCACUGCAGCCCUGGUUGUUUCCGUCCAGGUAAACUGCUCGCCGUUCCGUCUUUGUUACCUGUUUUGUGGUGUAUUUCCUGUCAUUGCACACAACAACUGUCUCACACGUCUCUGGAUUAUCACAUCUGC